GCGCUGGGGAGCGGGCGGGGCAGGAGGCGGGGCGGCGGCAGGAAGAGGCCUGAGCGGCGCUCCCAGCCGCCUGGGCUCCGCGGAGCCGGGCAGAGCCCCGCCGGCCUCGGGUGCCAUGGCCUCCAGGCUCCUGCACCGGCUGCGGCACGCCUUGGCAGGCGACGGCCCCGGGGAGGCGACAGUGGGGCCCGAGGCUGAGCAGUUCCCGGAGAGCUCAGAGCUGGAGGACGACGACGCCGAGGGCCUGUCCUCCCGGCUCAGCGGCACCCUCAGCUUCACCAGCGCCGAGGACGAGGACGACGAAGACGAGGACGAUGAGGAGGCUGGCCCCGACCCGCUGUCCCCCGGGGACGGGGCGUCUGGGGAAGACGCAGAACGGAGCCCCCCACCUGAUGGGCAGCGGGGCAGUCAGCUCCUGGCGCGACAGUUGCAGGAUUUCUGGAAGAAGUCGCGGAACACCCUGGUACCCCAGCGGCUGCUUUUCGAGGUGACCAGCGCCAACGUUGUCAAGGACCCGCCCUCCAAGUACGUGCUCUACACCCUCGCCGUGAUGGGCCCUGGGCCACCAGAUCACCAGCCAGCCCAGAUCUCUCGCCGCUACUCGGACUUUGAACGGCUGCACCGUAACCUGCAGCGGCAGUUCCGGGGCCCCAUGGCUGGCAUCUCCUUCCCCCGUAAGCGCCUGCGCCGGAAUUUUACUGCGGAGACCAUUGCCCGCCGUAGCCGGGCCUUUGAGCAGUAUUUGAGCCACCUACAUGCAGUACCCGAGCUGCGCCAUGCCUCAGACCUGCAGGACUUCUUUGUGCUGCCAGAGCUACGACGGGCACAGAGCCUCACCUGUACUGGCCUCUAUCGAGAGGCACUGGCACUCUGGGCCAAUGCCUGGCAGCUGCAGGCGCAGCUGGGCACCCCCUCUGGCCCAGACCGCCCCCUGCUGACCCUGGCUGGGCUGGCUGUGUGCCACCAAGAGCUGGAGGACCCUAGGGAGGCCCGGGCAUGCUGUGAAAGGGCCCUGCAGCUGCUGGGGGACAAGAACUCCCACCCUUUGCUGGCACCCUUUCUGGAGGCCCAUGUCCGGCUCUCCUGGCGCCUGGGUCUGGACAAACGCCAGUCAGAGGCCCAACUUCAGGCCCUGCAGGAGGCAGGUCUUACCCCCACACCACCCCCCAGUCUCAAAGAAUUGCUCAUCAAGGAGGUGCUGGAUUAACCCUUGCCUUGACUUAAGACCACUAUAGGGGUAGGGGCUGCCCCAGGAUUGGGAGGAGAAGGCCCUGAUGAAGACAUGGAGAGCAGCUGGGAGGCUGCAGGGGGUGCUGGGAGCCCCUAGAAGUUCCACAAAGAGAACGUGCAGCAGACUAAGAAAACUUACUUCUGUUGAGCUAGGCUCAGGGCGAGCUAUGGCCGGGGUUGGGAAGAAGUCUGACACAACCUCUCUAGCUGAUAAACGGCACAGGGCCAUGGCAUAGGUCAGGGUCAGUGUUACCUUGUCCAUGAGCCUCCAAGCCAGCGAGGCAGCCUGGCUGCCGGGCCGGGGACUCUUCCCCUGGAGUCCUGCAGUUGAGGAAGGAAAGGAGGGCUGCAGUUCUAGCCCAGGGGAAUUAAAGGCCAGCCACUCCAGUGGUAUCAGUCUCUUUAUUGGAUUCGAGGGCCAGAAGGCCUGUCACUCCUGCCUUAGGAGUGGUGGUGGAAGGUCCUUGAAGCUCCAGGCCAAGUGGUGCCUCUGGUUAUAACUUGCUCUUUGAGACCCGGGGCUUUACUCGGAUCACGCCCUCCUGGGCACAGGACACAGCCAAGACUCCGUCCCGACGCCACAGCCGUCCAUGGACCAGUCCCCGAGAACCACCUGUGGGUGAGAAGGGUCAGAAUGGCCUUCUGCUUCAGCACAGCCAGAGGCGCUUCUUGAAAAGGGUUUGGCCCAGGGCAGGGCUGCCCCACACAAGGGUACACUGAGUGUUGUGGCUGCUCCAAAUCCCCAAGGAACCCCUUUCUGAGCCUGUUACAGACAGUUGUUGGGGAUAACUCCUCCUACAGGAACACAACUUGACAGUUUAAAAGCACUUUCAUAUAUCUGCUGGCUUCCUCAAAAAGAUCACAGGAGGAGGAGCUCUGCAAACAGUCUCUUUCAAUAGCUUGGCUAAGAAGAUCUGCACCUCUGGCCACUUGUGUUAGGAAACCCAUCAGUUCCUUUUAUAAUAAAUCAAGCUCGGUCCUCCAAGUGGUAAUUCAUCAAAAAAAAAAAAAAAAACCACCAUUGCCACUACCAAGGGGAAGAAGGGGGCCAGGGGAGAGGACCUGAGGCCGUGAGGUUUGGCCUCUCCACCCUUCCCACCUGGAGAUCCUUUCUCCCUUGCUGGCUUUGGGCCUGAGUCUGAUGUUUAUAAAGAGAACUGCCAAUUUCCCUUA